UUCCCUCCUCCCCCCUCCCUUCUUCUUAUACCCAGAGCCUGGAUGCAGUAAGGUGAGCACACGCCGGCAGCCUGUAUCAGCUUCUGUACCGCUCUCAUUUCUGCAUCUCUCACCCUCCCUGCAGCCUUCUGCCUUGCUGUGUGGAUCAUCGCCAAAAUGUCGGACAAGCCAGACAUGACUGAGAUCGCUCGUUUCGACAAGGCAAAGCUGAAGAAAACUGAGACAAAAGAGAAAAACCCUCUGCCCACCAAAGAGACCAUUGAGCAGGAGAGGAAAGGAGAUGCCACACCUUGACUUGAGCACAUGAAGAAAAGGAGCUGAGAUGCCACAGAAAAAAGCACUUUCUUUUGAUUAACCCAGUAUUUGAAUCUCAUACAUUGUCUUCAGUAAAGGAUGCUCUCUGAGCUCCCUUGGGUGCUAAUAGGAUAUUUGGCAUCCUAAUAUGUGGGGCUCUCUUACAAAUCUGAAAAACGUCAGCCUGGGUGCCUGUUUUGUGCUGUCAGCCUGUAGCUAAACUAAGGAGGGGUGAAGUGAUGUAGCACAGGGAGAGAAGCAGGCAUUCAGGCUGGACAGUUGCAGGGGGGGGGUGGUUGUCUGUGGACACUGGGGCAACUGAAGUCAAUUCAUGUGGGCUUUUUUCUUAAGAAACUUUUUACUUUUCUUUAUGUAAUAAACAUGAAGACAUGGAA